AUGAUUUGGAAAUUCCUCCUUAGUGCCGUGACUAUAUGGGCACAUAUCCUCCCAGCAUUAGCUGCCCCAACUCUCGAUUCGGAGCUGUCUAGUAAGUUGCAGGACAAAUAUGUCUUCGCCCAUUUCAUGGUCGGUAUAGUAAAAGAUUACCAGCUAUCAGACUGGAAAGAAGACAUGACCAGAGCCCAAUCCAUCGGCAUCGACGCAUUCGCACUGAACUGCGCAAGCAUAGACAGCUACACAACAACCCAGCUAGCCCUAGCUUACGAAGCAGCCAAGCAAGUCAACUUCAAAGUAUUCAUCUCCUUCGACUUCGCCUAUUGGACCAAUGGGGAUACAGCAAAUAUCACAGAGUACAUGAAACAAUAUGCAGGCCACCCAGCGCAGAUGCAAUACAAGGGAGCCGCGGUCGUAAGUACAUUUGUCGGAGACAGUUUCAAUUGGGAUGCAGUGAAGCAGGGCACACCACAUCCAAUUUACGCAUUGCCGAAUCUCCAAGACCCCGCCGAGGCUACCACCGGUCCUGCCAAGAGCGCUGAUGCUGUCUCACCCUGGUUCUCAACCCAUUUCAACACCAAAAACUGGGUUUUCGUUUGUGAGAACCUGCCAACAUUACGUUGGGAACAAAUGCUUUCCCUUCAGCCAGAUUUAAUUGAGAUAAUUACAUGGAAUGACUACGGUGAAUCCCACUAUAUCGGCCCGUACUCAGCCCACCACAGCGACGACGGCUCUUCCCAGUGGGCAGACAACAUGCCCCACGACGGCUGGCGCAACCUGUUCAAGCCCUAUAUUGCAGCCUACAAAUCCGGAGCAAAAGCCCCUACCGUGGAAGCGGAUGAAGUAGUGUACUGGUACCGACCUACGCCCAAGGGUGUCGAGUGCACGGGGGAUACCCUUUCAGCGCCAAUGGGUGCGGGCAUGCUCAGUGAUAGCAUUUUUAUCGCGACUAUGUUGACGAAUCCCGCUACCUUGACGGUGCAGAGUGGGAAUAAUGCUCCGGUUAGCAUUGAUGUUCCGGCGGGGAUUGUUACCUCGAAUGUGACUAUGGGUGUUGGUGCCCAGUCUUUUAAGGUGACUAGGAAUGGAAAGACGAUUCUGAGUGGCCAGGGGGGCUUGGCUGUUAAGGAUAGCUGUGUUCAUUAUAACUUCAAUGUUUAUGUUGGGUCGAUUACUGGGGGAGUUAACGGUGUUAGUACAGAGUAA